CAGCAUCUAGAGGAGGUGAAACCUUCUGCAACUGAACAGGAGGCCCCAACUGAACCUCCAGGUCCUCCUAUGGAGGCUGAACGUUCCCCCAGUGAGCAGGAGCAGCCAGCUCAGUCUUCUGAAUCUUCUGAGGAGCUUGGACCUUCUCACACCCAGGAGGAGACUCCAGCGCAGCCUCCCAAAGAAAUAGAACCUUCUGCAAUCCAAGAGGAGACCCCAACAGAGCCUCCAGGUCCUCCUAUGGAGCCUGAACUUUCCCCAGUGAGCAGGAGCAGCCAGCUCAGCCUCUGAGUCUUCUAGGAAGGUUGAAUCUUCUCCAGCCCAACAGGAGCCCCCAGCCCAGCCUCCAGAACAUCGUGAAGUAAUACCACAAGGUCACCAUCAAGCUCAGCAUUCUGAUUUGCCCAGUAUCACUGUUAUGCCUCCAGAGGUGCAGCUCACCAUGGCAACAGAGCCUACUGCAGAGAUGGGAACUUCUGCAAUCCACCAGGAGGCUAUAGCUCAGCUGUCAGGACCAAUUAGGGAUGUAUAACCUUCCCCUACCCAGCACCGGGGCCCACCUCUGCCUCCAGAGUCAUUGGAAGAGGUUGGACCUUUACCAAUUCAACAGGAGACUUCAGUUCAGUCUCCAGAACCUAUUAAGGAUGAGAACCCCUCUCCAACCCAGCAGGAGGCUGCAGUUGAGCAUCCACAGACCCCUGAGAAGGUUGACUCUCCUCUAAACCAGCACGAGGCCCCAACUCUGACUCCACAGCUCCUUAAGGAAGUUGUAGCUCAACCUCCAGAGCAUCAUGAGGUACCAGUUUCUCCUCUAAGUCAUGACCAAGUUCAGCCUCCAACAUUGCACAAUGUCACUGUUAAACCUGUGGAUCACAUCAUCACCAUGACUCCAUAUUUCACUCAUCGGGUUGAAACUUUAACCCAACAGGGGGCCCCAGCUCAGUUCUUAAUGUUCCCUGAGCAGUUUCAACAUUUGCAAGAGAUUAUAAUUCAGCAGCUAAAUACCCCUGAAUAUGAUGAACUUCCUCCAGUCCAUCAAGAGCCCAGAAUUCAGCCUCCAAUUCAGCUCUUCUCAGACUUUGAAAGUCCAUUGAGUGAUGAGGUGGUAUUUUCACCUCUAGAUCUGUCUCCAGUAUUCAGAAGUAAUUCACCUUUGCCUAAUACCACAGUUAAAAAUGUGGAUCUGGAGCUUACCAUACCUACAGCAGUCACUAUGGAGGUUGAACCUUCUCUAGUCCAGCAGGACAACCAUCCUAUUCCCAUUGAGUAGGCAGACUUUUUUCUAGUCCAGCCUGAUCUCCAUUCCCCACCUCUGCAUUCUCCUGAAAAGACUGAAUCUCCAGUCCAGCAAGAGGCCACAAUUCAGACUCCAGAUUCUCCUAAGGAGGUAGAACCUUCUCCAGUCCAGAAAGACUUCCCAGCUGAACCACCAUUGCCCCUUAAGGAGGUUGAACCAUCUGUAACCCAGAAGGAAGCCUCAGGCCAUCCUCCAAAGUUCACGGAAGAGAUCAGCCCUCCACUGCAGCAGGAGAUACCAGCUCAGCCAUCAGAGCCACCUGGGAACGUCGAACUACGUCCUGUCCUACAGCAGGCCGCAACUCAGCUUUUAGAGCCACCUAAAGAGGUAGGAUCCUCUCCAGUCCAGCAAGCAGUCCCUGCUCAGUCUUCAGAGCCCCCUAUGGUGAUAGAACCCUCUCUGACUCAGCAGAUCUCCCCAUCUUUGCCUCCAGAGUUCCCUGAAGAGGUGGAACCAUCUCUAACUCAGCAGGACAUUCCAGCUCAGAUUCCAGAGCCCCCUAUGGAGGCAGAACCUUCUCCACCCCAGCAGGAGGCCAUAGUUCAGGCUCCAGAGCCCCCUAAGGGGGCAGAACCUUCAAGCCAGCAGAUGGUCCCAGCUCAGGUUCCAGAGCCACCUAAGGAGGUUGCAGCUCAACCUCCAGCUCAUUGUGAGUUGACAAUUCCAACACCAGGUCAGGAUCAAGGUCAGCAUUCAACAUCGCCUAGUGUCAUAGUUCAACCUUUGAACCUGGGGCUUACCAUCACUCCAGAACCCAUGACAGAGGUUGAACUUUCUCCAACCAUGCAGGAGACCCCAACUCAGCCUCCUAAGAAAGUUGGACCCCAACUUCCAGUAUAUCAAGAGGUAACAGUUCCAACACCAGGUCAGGAUCAAGUUCAGCACCCAGUGUCACCCAGCGUUGCAGCUCUACCUCUAGACCUGGGACUUAUCAAACCUCCAGAACCCACUACGGAGGUUGAACAUUCUACACCCCUGAAGAAGACUGUAGAGACUCCAAAGCACACUAAGGUGACACUUCCACAUCCAGAUGAGGUUCAGACUCAGCAUUCAAACCUGACUCAAGCCACAGUUCAACCUUUGGAUCUGGGGCUUACCAUCACUCCUGAAUCCACUACAGAGGUUGAACCUUCCACAGCCCUGAUGGCUACAGCUCCUCCUCCAAAACACCCUGAGGUGACACCUUCACCUUCAGACAAGAGUCAGACUCAGCAUUCAAACCUGACUCAAGUCACAGUUCAGCCGCUGGAUCUGGAGGUUACCAUAACUACAGAACCUACUACAGAGGUUAAACCGUCUCCAGCCACAGAGGAGACCUCCACUCAGCCUCCAGAUCUGGGUCUUGCUAUAAUUCCAGAACCCAAUACAGAGACUGGACAUUCUGCAGCCCUGGAGAAGACUACAGCUCCUCGUCCAGACCAGGUUCAGACUCAGCAUCAAAACCUGACUGAAGUCACAGGUCCACCUACUGAUCUAGAACCUACUCAUGAUUCAUUGGUGCAGUCUGAAAGUUACACCCAAGAUAAGACUUUAACUGCACCAGAGGAGCAGGCCUCCGCAAGCACCAACAUAUGUGAGCUCUGUACCUGGAGAGGUGAGACGCUGUUGUGUAUUGAUCUCAGCCCAAAGCGGAGGCUCCGCCACAUGCCUGUGCCAAAGCCCAACACCUACAACGGCACCUUCACCAUCUUGUAAGAAUCACCUUUCCUCCAUUGUCCUCUGUGUCCUGCCUGACAUGGCAGCCUUUCCCUUGAGGCCUUCCUGGGCCUUCUUUAUCUCCCCAAGCCAUACUGACAGCUGACUUUCUGCUUUCACCUUUGCUUGUCCACUCUUCCUUCUCCUCAUCCUUUACUGUUAGGCCCCUUCUCCAAUCCUUUGCUUCUGAUUGCUCAGCAACUACAUAUUAAAUGUACAAAUAAAUUAUUGAGUAAAAGAAGUGAUACAGAAAAAAAAAAAAAAAGACUGUCACAAUUCUGUGGGCCACUGAUUCCUUCACUAUCUCCUCAAGGUUCUGUGUCUACCAAUGUUCCAAAAGACAUUCGUCUUCCCUCCCUCUCUUCCAUACACAGCGUUCCUCUGUGUUGGAAGUGGGAGACAGGCAUGAAUAAGACGUGUCUCUGCCUUCAGGCACUCACAGUGAGGUGGGAAGGAGUGGUGUGUCAGCCAGUAAUUCUGACACAGGAUGCUCUCUGGUUUGAUUCCAGUGUGCUACAGUACAACAACCAACUAUGAAGGAGAAUAGAGAGUCUGAUCCUGGCUUUACUACUACUUUUUAACAAGUCAACCACAGUUUCCUCAUCUGUAAAAUGUAAAUCAUAAUACUUACUUUACCUAACAAAGAGGGUUGAGUUGUUUCAAAUAUUUAUUGAGAUAAUCCAUAAAAAUGCACACUCAAAGGAUAAAGUUCUAUAGAUGCCAGGCCUCCCUCUCCUCCUCCUCCUCCUCAUCAUCACACCACCAUCAGCAUUAUGAUUUUGUCUAUUUAAACAUGUGUGUAUGUGUGUGUGUGGGGGAGAGACUGCACAUGCACGGAUGUGCAUGCACCUAGUAAAAGGGCGGGAAAGAAGGAGGGAAGGAGACCACAGAUCAGGAAAAUACUUCAAAGGGUCCAUGUGAAGCCAGGAAUCAAAUGCUAAACCUGCCACGAUUUACAAAAAGAAGCUACUUAUAUAUUAUGCUCAGAUGCAGCUUUCUCAAGAUAUUCUCAAUCCCGGCUCCUUCAGCUUCUGUUUCCUCCUGUGUCAUCCACUGGUAAGAAUGCGUGAUGGCUACAUUAUUUGACACCUGUCUCCUAAAUUGGGCCUCUUGUUACAUAUCACAUGAGCCCCAUUUUAUUAUUUUAUUAUUACCUCUUGAUAAAGCAUUAUCUGCUUGUGGCCAUUAAGCUACCACUUCGGAAGAAAAGACAUUUCUGGCUUUUCCUAAGGAAGUUAAUGAGUUGCCCUUGAAUGACCUGAGAAGUUCAUUAUUUCUACAGAUUAUUAGGGGUAAAGGCAGAGAAGCAACUAAACUGAGAGGGGAAGAGACAGACACUGGACAGAGACUGUUUGUGGUUAUUCAAGCAGGAGCACUUUACCUUGUACAAGGUGACCUUUAGGCUGUGGGAUCCCUGAGUCACACUGCGCAGGGAUGGCACAAAAAUAUUCUGCCCAUCUCCUAGUCUCAGCACCCUGGGACUUGUUAGGGGAAAGUGCAAGAGAGGCAUGGAGUGACAUCUGUAACACAAAUGGGUGGCUGCUGCUGGAGAAGGCUCUGAACCCCACUACACUAAUAUCAGUUUUACAAAAGAGGAUGGUGUCUUGCUCUUCUCAGUAAUUCUAGGGCAAGUGCUGUGAUUGUGAACCUACAAGAUGGGAAAAUGGUACAACAGUCCCCUGGGAGGUAGCCAGACUGACAUGUGUGUACCCAGUCUCUCUGGGGUCUGGGCAAGUGGACAGGGAAGAGGCAGGUUCUGCAGUGUGUGUGCUGGGUUGGCACACAUAUCACAAAAUCCUAAAUGUGUCAGUACUAUCUGCCUGUUCUCCGUUCUCUGUGCCAUGAACAGUUCAUGUUAUUUAUGACCCCAGCAGCCCUUGACAUGUUACUAAUGGUGAAGCGAAAGGCAAUGAGUAAAGGUCCUCCAGCAAGAGAAGCGUAAAAUGAGCCUCUUAAUCAUCUCCUCUUCCCUUUGCUUGUCAUAAUCCAGGAAGGCUUUUUUGUACAGCAUUAGACCCAGCAAUUAUAUGAAUCUGGCCAUGAGGCUGAUGAAGAAAGUUAGGGAUCAAAGCGUUCUUUAUGGGACACUUACCUGCUGAGAAGCAAAAGGCAUAGAUUCUGGUUGUAACUGUGCCAUUGGGCAAGGUAAGAGUAGGAAAGAGGCCCACAGUGCUCCCUGGCCUACAGAAACGCCUAAUUCACAUGCAGAGCAGGAACUUAGACCUCAGGUCGAGCCUUUCCUGGGACACCAGGAAACAACUUUCCUUCCGAUAUGGUCAUAAUACUUUGUGACAUGCUGACUUAUAAGCCCUAACUAUGCAGGUAGCAUAUGUGAUGUGCAAGGUGUUAUUCUGGGAGUUCUGAGGGAUACAGGGCAUUGUCACUGGUCUCCUGGAAAUCAUAGUUAAUAAAUAAACUAUAGAAACAGAAACAAGAUUUUCUGAAAGAAAAUGACAGCAGUAAAAAGAAUAGCAGAGAGGCCAGGUACAGCGCUCCCAUCUGUAAUCCCAGCACUUUGGGAAGCCGAGGUAGGUGGAUCACCUGAGGUCAGGAGUUCCAGACCAGCAUGACCAGUAUGGUGAGACCCCAUCUCUACUA